AUGGUCGACCACAACCUCUAUGCCUCGUAUAAGAGGGACCAGAGAUAUCUCGUGUGCUGGUUAGUCCACACAUCUAAUCGCAUCAUCGUAUCGCAACAAGAUGAGUCCCUCACCGUCAACAAGUCUGGCCAAACCACGGUUUCCGGCUUGGCCCACAUGAUCUUCGAAAAGAUGGCCGGCUCGGACCCAGACCCUGAGUUGGAAAGAAGCAACACCUCCCACAAACAUUUCAUCGAUGUGCUCAAGCAGACCUUUGAGAUUAUGGGAGGGCUCGCCUGGCAAUCAGGAAAAGAAGCAGGUCAGUGCGCGGACGACGAAGAAACUAUUGAGGACAUCAUCUUUUCCAACAAAUUCUCCGCCCUCGACAUCGGUGGUAUCGCUGAUGCCAGUUCUGAAGAAGAGACUGAGCUUCCGAAGGCAUAUGCGGCGAGACGGCGCCAGACAAACAAGUCUGGUAAAGGAAAGAAGGGCAAAGGAAAGGGGAAGAAGAGCAAAAGCAGCAACAAGCAGCACCAGGCGUCAUCUUCCUCACAGGUCGCUCUGGAGGAUCUCCCCUUGGAAAGCUACAAGAUCGUGGAAGACUUCAACUCCGGCAAUGGUGAGGACGGGACCGGCCUUCUGACCGACUACCUUAUGGACGUCUACCUCAUCUUCAGAAACAUUCUAGUCCUUCGAUCAUCGAUCCAAGACAAGUGGAGUGAGGUAGCCUACGAUGAUCUCAACAGUGCCGUCGCCGGCGCUAUGUCCAACGUAGCCAUUGCCACAAUCAAGAAGAUGCAGUCUUCAAUCUUCGUUGAGUAUCCCGGAAAUGAUUCAUUCGACGCAAUCCUAAACGCCAUGACAAGAGGAAGUCCCGAGAAGAUGAGAGACAACUUCGAAAUUGGUUUGUGGGCAAGCGGCCCUGGUGGGCAGGCACCUCACCCAGUGCAUGAUACGUACCUGGAUAUCGAGGAGCAGUUCCUCAUGUACUCUUACAAAGACCUCUGCGACUUCAUUACCGACUUCCAGCUGAACCGCACCGGAAAACCGACGAAAAGAAUGCAGGCCGAGAUCAAGAAUUGGAACCCCAAACUCAGCCCCGCAACUGCCACCAAGGAGGAACGAAUCCAAUGGCGCCGUGCUUACACUAUCAACUGGCUCUACGACCUGGCCAACGUCUUCUCCUCUGUUGUUGUUCAGCGAAACACCUUGAAAAGAGAAAGUCAUGAUCUCUCCCAGGUCGACUGGUCAUCCUCCGGCCCGUGGCACGCACACCGUCGACUCUUCGGCCUGAACGAAUUCGCCGCUUUCGUCAGCUCGCUCGCAUGGCAGAAGCCAGGCACCGCGAUAAAGAGCAAGGUCCUCCCACACCAUGUGUUUCAGCUCCAGUGUAUCGUGGAUUCCUGGACCGUAUCGCGCGGAUGGUCGCUGAGUUUUCUUCACGGUCAUGUGCUGCGACCUCCGAGCCAUAACUUUGUUCCCCGGCGAGACCUGGACCCAGUCCUGAAUCGCGGCCAAGAAGCCCUUACCGGGUCUUUGCAGGCUGAAUCGGUCCUGCAGCAGAUGCUCGAGCGCGAUGGCAUCAGAAGGCGUAACCCCGAGUUGCAUGGCGCAAGAUGUGCGAUUCUUAAGCAGAUCAGAGACGAGUUCAACGGCUGUCUGGGCCGAACCAUUCUCGCCGCCGGUCUGGACACGAUUCCCACCUCGCGAUUCGCAGAUACCAAUGCGAACGGCCUGUAUGACUACUCGCCCUUCCAGUGCGGCGUCGGAUCGCUGGAAGCACUUGAAUUGAGUUACCUGGUCAGCACCUACAUAUGGGAUCAGGUUCCCGAGGCCACCAUGCUCAUUCACCUACACAACAUGGUGGUGAAGAAGGGGCACCUGAAGACACCGGUGGAGCUUUGGCUUGCACUUGAAAAAAUCUUUGCCGAGGCACUCUUUCCAACGGGCAAAGCACCAACUUCCAAGUUUGCCCAAACCUUCUCAUCUCACGCCAAGAACGUUCAGUCCAAGAGCUCCACCGCGCGAGCGAUGAAGCUCAAGUCGUCAAAGAACGCCAACCGCAUCCUCGGCCUGCUGGACCCAAAAUCAAACAUUUUGUUCAAGUCAAAACCGUAUGUGCAUCUCCUCCACCAAGGAGAGUGGGAUCCGGAUCGAGUAUCGGACGAGGAGAUCCCGCUUGAGACUUUCACCUGCAUGCUGCGCCUCAGCCGGCUCAAGAUGAAGAAGGAUGGCCUGACCGGGCGUCUGGAAUUGGCCGAUCCGGACUCACCCCUCGCUCGGCGUGCCAAGGCUCGCGGAUGCACGGCGGAGCAGAUCGCUCAGCUCUCGUCUCUCAACCCGUGGCAGGGCGAUGCCGCCACUGAGCACGAGUCGUUCAACAGGAACAUGAUGGACAAGAUCCGAAGAGCCGACCCGGAGCGAUUCAAAGGGGUUGUCACCGGAGACCAGGACAUGCGGAAGAAGCAUUCGCCUGGAGGAUCGAUGAACCCAGAGGAGAUGAUGCAGCUCUGCGGAUGGGACGUGUACAACAGCGUGUGCGGCGACCAACCCGUUUUGGGACUCAGCUUCGUCUGGGUGACGGCUUCCGUCUAUGUGUGGUUCGAGAUGCUAGAGGAGGAACUCAAGAGACUGCGCAACCCGGUCUACGUGAACGCAUACGAGGACCCGAACUUCCGAGGCGACCAACGCAACCGGCUAGUCAUGGCUGCUUUGGAGGGCCAGGACGAGGAGUGUAUGAAGGCGAUUGCCAAGCUCUUUGAGAAGAGCCGCUGCGGGUUCGUCGAGAACAUGUACUGGAACAAGAUCGAGACUUCGGAGAAGAGAACAGAGAGACUGAACAGGGCUCGGAAAGCGGAAGAACCGGACUGCGUCAUAAUGUAA